AUGGUGUGCCAUGGAUCCAAGCACCAUGGAUCCUAUGGGCAUGGCAGUCCCCAGGCCUGGGCGCAACGUUCCGGCGCCCAGCUGCCUUUGUCGCCCUUCACGCGGCAGGUUUUCUGGGAGCCACUGCUGCUGAGGCUGCCGGAGGUGACGCCGCAGGGCUUGGCGAUGAUGCUUUGGUCCUUUGCAGCCCUGGAGUCGGAAGGCUUAGCCGUGCCCAAGCGGACGUAUCGCGAAGUUCUUCAACAGGUGGAGCAACAUCCCAUGAGCGACUUCAAGGCGCGGGAGGUGGCGAACAUGUCCUGGUCCGUGGCCACCGUUCAGGCUUCUAUGCCUUCAUGGCUUUUAGAGGAGCUUCCAGAACGAGCAUCCGAGUUUGGUGCCCAGGAAUGCGCCAAUGUCUUCUGGUCCCUGGCGGUGACGGCUCAGGCAGACCACCUGGAGCGCCUCCUUCGGCACUUGGAGGCGCUGCCCAAGUCUGCGGUGCGCGACUUUGGGCCGUGGAAGCCACAGGAGAUGGCUUCCGCCGCAUGGGCCAUGGCCAUUACCUUGGAACGGCGUCAUCUGCGACGUGGCUCUGAGAUUCUGGGGCGGCUGAGACAUCAAGCUGUGGCGCGGGUGGAUCAACUGGAGGGAAAGGAGCUGUCGAUGUUGAGCUCCUCGUUGACAGAAGAAGAUGAGAUGCUGGCAGCCAGGAUCGCAGAACAGGCUGCAAGACUGCAAGAGAAGAACGCGCUAUCACCGGAUGCCAUUGUGCAGUUGAGUGAUCACCUGCAACGAGUGGGCCAUCUGGUGCCACAGUUGGAGCAGUCACUGCAGCACUUGGAGGACCAGACUCUUCAAGCCCUGGAGGGCGAGGACGUGGCUGAGAAGCUGCGAGGCCUCGGCCUCACCAGUCUGGGGAUGCGUACAUCGUCCCUGCUGCGACGCUUGGGGGUGGUGGAUGGACCGCCUCCAGCAGAUGAGCUGGGCGAAAUGGCAGCUUUCGGUCAGGUUUUAUGUUUGGUUUCCUACAGCCUGCAGCAGGGCGAGCACAGCUUGGCGGAGACGGGCCGAAUCGUGGCCAGCGGCUCUGCUUCGGAAGGAUCGCCCCUUCAAGCAGUGUCGCUGCGCUUUUCUCGUCACCGUGAUGCAGAGUUUCUCGCACUGUCUUCCGUUCUCUCCACCCUGGGCCUCUCCUCUGCGGACGCCCGUGGCCUUGAGAUCACGGGGCACCUGCGGCUGCACGUGACGCACACGCCAUGCCUCAGCUGCGUGUGGGCCAUGGUGCAGUUCAGGAAAUUGUGUCCCAACGUGCAGCUUCAAAUCACCUUCGACAGAAAAGCAUCGCCACGUUCCCAGCGGACGCGAGCUGGCUUUGAAGAUCAUGCAGGCCGGAGACAUUGCCGAGCCCCAACGCAAGGCGAUCUUGCUGGAACUGAGGACCUUUUCGAAGUGUCGAAGUCCUCACAUCGUCGACUACUAUGGCGCUUUCUUUCACGACAAUCGCAUUUACAUGGCGCUGGAGUACAUGAAUGCAGGAGCUCUGUCUUCCAUCCUAGCUGCCAAGAAAAAAGCAAACCCGGACUUUCAAGUCCCUGAGCGGCUCUUGGCCAACAUCACAUGGCAGG